CUUUACCAAUCCUAUAACUCUAGUAUUGGCUGGUCUGCUGUCAUGUCUUGUACACUAAACAGUGAAGUAAAGAUCUACAGUGACACAGCUUCAUGCCGCGCGCUCUGACAUGAUGGACAAGAGUUUGACAAUGUUGACAUCUUUCACUUUUCUUUUUAUGGCAGGGUCAUUCAUCAUAGCUGUAAAAGCUCAGUUCACAGUGCAGCCAUUGUCAGUGGAGAGAGCCGAGGGACUGGAGGCUGUGUUCAGGUGUCAGUAUCAAGCGGAGGGAGUGACUGUUACUUAUGAUUGGGUAAUAAACAAUACCAUACUCGAAACAGAUACAGAAACUGUUAGAGCACGUCGACCUUCAUCUCCUGGUGGACCAGCCACACUGACAGUCUUGGCCACUCCAGAGCACAACAACUCUGUUGUUCAGUGUGUGGCUACAAUCAGAAAUGGCAUUGUUACUGUAAGGUCUGAAGUAUCGACCACAGCUACUCUAACUGUUCGUGCAACAAUCAUCACUGAUGUUCUGACUGCUCCAAACACCAUCACCGUGAUGUGGAAUGCUCUACUUCUCACUAACUACUGUGUGAACAUCAACAGGACAACUCUGAACUCAACUCAAACAGCUGUUCUUGAUUCUGUGUGUGGAUUGGCUAAUGAGUACAUCUUCACGUACUCCAACCCCAUCAGUGUGUGUGACAGAUUCUCCUUCACUGUGACUCCUACUGAAGGAGAGAUGAGGGGAACAACCAGUGAACCAGUUACUGGGUUCUUUACGAGGGCAGAAGGCAGUGGAGAACGACGUCGUAUUCGUGAAAAUGGAGGGAAUAAGUUAGUUGAGUUUGAGGCCACUAUACCAAGUUGCACAAGGUUCACUCGGUAUAGUGUGAACUCUGACCUAUUGACUCCCUCAAUCAGUCGUUCAAUCACGGACCCUUUGUUUGAUGGCUCACUCAGUUUCUCCCUCCCCACUGACAAGAUGAUAGAAUACAGUGUCACACUGACUGAUGAGAAUGGAAUAGACCUCGUGUUUGGGAACAUUUCAAUCAGUACAUUUGACGUUCAAGACCUGCUAGUGUCUGAAUGUCCUGGUGGCGGUGGUAUUUGUGUGAGCAUUGAGUAUGUUGAAGGUACUAUCUCUCCCGGAGCUCUCGUCUGUGCAGUUCAUAUCAUUGAUGAAAUCCUUGAUUUUGCUAACGUGAAACUGGUCACCAUCCCUCGGAAUUCUAUCGAGAAUUUCACCAUUCCUGUUCGUAGCGGAGAAUACAAAGUGAUUGCUUUUGAUCUGGAGAAUACCAAGUUACCAAGAAUGCCCAUCUCUAUGGUAGCACUGAGUCUGGACAUUAUAGUGAAUUCGACUGGGGAAGGAACAAGUCCACCACCCAGUGAAGUCGUUAGUGCAACCAACUUAUCAAAUGGAGAUCUUGAGGUGACUUUCUCUGACUCUGCUCGGAAUUGUCUAGUUCUGUUUCAACCCAUUUUGGACAGAGUACUACGUGUAGUUGAUUUUAUCAACACAUCUGAAAGCUCUACUGUCGUUGUUGUUCGGAAGGACACCUUUGGUGAUGGCUAUGUGGUGGUGUAUUCUUGGAAUAGUUCACAGUCCAUCUUUGAAGGAGAAGUAUCGCUCAUUAUACAACUGGAUCCACCCACCUCUGCUCCCACUACACCUCCAACGUUUGAUCCACAAACAGACCCACCUCCUCCUGAUAUGGAGUCCCUGCCAACAUCAGUUAUCGCUGCAGCAGCCAUAGCUGGUUUGGUGACUCUGCUAUUGCUUGUGGUCACCGCUGUUGGAACUGUCGUUGUGAUUUUAAGAAAACGGAGACAAAAUGAAGUUGAGGUUCCAGAGUCAGAUGGAAGAGUGGAUUGGUCAUCAACAUUUCCAGGAAUUGAGCAGCCUAACGAAGCUUAUGCUCCAGUACUCAAGAAGAACAUUGCCUAUGAGCAGACAAAGAAACCACGGAGACAGAGGAUCGAUGACUCACAAGCCCCGGCAACAACAGAGGGACAGUAUGAAAGCAUUGAGCCAGUUCAUGAGUACGAGGAUGUGUUGCCUCAGGGAAAAGCAAGUCGUGCAAAUUAUGUUAACGUUAACUGACAAAUUUACCCAUUUAUUUUUAUCCCACACAUUUCUAUACCGUAUAGCGGGAAAUUUUUGCGGUGCACAUUUUCACUAUUUGGCUACAGAGCCCUCAGCAAAAAUGUUCAUGUGUUCUAGUAUUUUGCGUUUCAAUGCCAGGAAACCACACCCACCAAUAGCUUUGCAUGUGAAAUACCGAUGCGUGGGAGUUUAUCCCAUUUUCGCGUCUUCUUUUUGCCCUCACCUCACGAAAAUUUCCCGCUGUACGGUAUGCGAUUGUACAAUGUACCAUUCUAUCAAUUUUUACAAAACUUACAUUUACAUAUGUAUUCUUAGUGUGGAUUGUGUUAUUAUAUGUAAUAUUUACCAGCCCCUCUGAUUAUAGAUGAGUGCAUUGCUAAUUUACUUCUACAUAGCUUGGCACACCUAUUCUUUGAUAGGUAAUUACACUAGUUUCCUCUGCAUGAGUACCACUAUUGGCACACCGUUACUGCCAUGCUAGGGUACCGGCUUACAGUUUUAAUUUGUCAGUAUGUGUGUGUGAGCCUAUACUGAAUUAUUAUCUCCCCAGAAUCUUGACCCCGGAAAAUGUACCCAUGUAAAUCUGUACAUAAUAAAUUGUGUGCUGUCAAAUUACUGUACCUUUAAAUUACCCUUACAUUAUAUCUGAAUGAACUGCUGAAACACAAUUUACAUGUUGCUUAAUUUAGACAUAGGGAUACAGUCAUUUUAGUAAAACUUGCAAUAUUCUGAUACCUUUCUGCAACCACAGUUGUAACCACAUUGAUGAGUAUGAAUACCAUUAAGCAUGGAAAGUUCAAACAUCUAACAGCAGCCAAGCACUAGUUUUUCUGCACUGCAUGUACACUGUACACCAUAAUGACUUCGCACAGCCUCAGAGAACAGCUCAAACAUGCCAAUGAAGAGGAUGUUCGUAUAAGUGUCCAGGGUUCUCAUAAUUCGAAUAACACUAUAAUUAUAUACAUGUACAUAUACCCAUGUAACUUAUUUUCAGCAUGCUGUAAUGCAUGUUGCUUCCCUUCUCCACUAGCCUA